AUGUUAGAUUCAAGGAAUUCACAUUCAUCAACUCCUUCAACCUCCUUAGUGGUCGGUAUCAUCCUAAUCGUGCUCUCCGUCCUUAUCGCAUUCGGGAUCGUGAUAUUCAUCAUUCAGCGUCGAAGAAAACGUUAUGAGCAUCUCUUUCGACAAAACCAACUGCCACAUCGGCACGAGACUGAUGACACGCUGAGAUUUGUAGAACCGCGGAGAAGAGAGGGGAGUCUUCGGGUUGAUGGAGAUGAAGAGUGGGGAACACUGGAAACCAAUGUUAACGCUAUGGAGGAGGUUCAUCGACCCUCAAGAGCGAUUGCCGCCGUCGCACCGUCGUCGCCUUCCUCACCGUUAUUAGCACCACCUGUACCUGCAAAAAACAGUCACACGCACCGUAUCCAUGGCAACAUCGAACCCGAAGACGAGGAAGGCGGGGAAGAAUAUGACCCUCUGGUCUAUUACAGCGACAUACCUCCCACGCCUCGUCAAGUAAAGGACGAAUUACGCGGCAGGUACGAUAAAGACGAAAAUGAAGAUGACCACAUAACUUCCCUUUUACCCUCCAACUCCGUCCCCCAGCUGGAACCAGAACGUCUGCCGAUCCUCGACGAUCAUCCACCACCUCCACCACCUCCACCCACUGAUGUAUCCAUAAAGGGUGAACUAGCUGCCCGAAACGCAGCCCUCGUGAUUCCUCCUCCGCCUCCUCCUCCUCUUCAUUCUCCUCCUCCUCCAACCGACAAAGAUACUACACUGCCCGCUUCCACACCAGCUUACUCUCAAACACCAACGGCUGUUACUCCACAACCCGAACAGACAGAACCUUCGUCCCGUCGUGCCCUUCCACCUCCGCCCAUACCCCCACAACCUCCAACCAAAAACGGAAACGAAGACGGAGAUGCCCAUCUUCAUCGGACAGCCACGGAGGUUGUCUCAACGCUUCUUAAAUACCGAGCUGUGAAUGGUAGACAAUUUAUCGACCGUGCCACUGGUGGGAAGGGUAGGACUGGUACGCUUGAAAGUGUGGAACAUAUUGAGAGGUCGGGGUCGAUUGUUAGCUAUUCGAAGAGAGGGGGAGGAGGGAAAGUUGGUGAAGGGAAUGGGAGUGGGAGAAGUGUGCGGUUCGUUUCAGGUCCACGACCUCCAUUACCGCCUUUACCUCCUAUACCCACCCAAGGACGAGAUGCGAGUCGUUUUUGA